AUGUCGUUGUCGAACACUUCAAUAGCGGUGUUGAGGCAACAAAUGGAUGAUAGUAACCAUGAGUUGGUUAACAUGUUAACCAAUCAAAUGGCUACAGUUUUCAAUCCAGUGAUACAGGAAUCUGCUGACAGGAAUAGACAGGUGGCGAAUCAAUUGACGCGCUUGUGUAAUUUUCUAGGGGCACCGGCUCGACAGAUGGCACAAGUGGCUAGGCAAACUGUUCCUGUCCAGAUGGAGAUAGGGGCAGCAGAAGAUGAGACAGUCCACGAGGUACAAAUCCUUAGACCCAACAAAAUCAAGGCGUUGAAUCAGGAGUCGCAGGACGUAACCAGAUGGAUUAUGGCUAGAAAUGGUAUGGGUGCCACAUUGCAAAGGCCACUGUACGCCUCCCCGUUGGCUGAAUUUAUUCUCCAAGCCGAGGCACCUAGGGGAACGAAAGUGCCCAAGUACACUAAGUUUGGGGGAGAAUCUGGUGAAUCGACAAUAGAGCAUGUUGCCAAAUAUCUAAUAGAGUCAGGAGGUUUAGCUCAUAAUGAGUGUUUGAGAAUGGCUGCAAGGGGGUUAGAUUAUUCCAUUAGGAAGAAGAUAGACCCAACUUUUGUGAAGAGUAUGUCACAAUUGGCUGAUAGAGUCCGACAUCUCGAACGACUAAGGUUAGAAAAAGUUAGGCACAAUAAGGCUAAGAAAGAAAAAGUAGCAUUUGUCGACUACGACACGACAUAUCCAAUAUAUGAGGCUGAUUAUGCCUCAUCGACCGAAUUAGAAGUUGACGUGGCUGAGUUAAAGCCAGGAUCUGCCUAUGAGUGUCGAUCAUUACUUCUUGCGCAAGGAAAGAAUCCUGUCGAAAACAAUCCAAAAUUCCCUUCGAAAACUUAUACUUUUGAUGUGACAAAGUCGAUUCAAGAAGGCAGGCUGAAAUUUGCUGGCCGCAGAAUGAAGAUCGACGCUGACCCUCUCCACCAGGAGGAAGCUCUAUUCGUGGAGUCAGUCGAGUUUAACAUGGUCGAGAUCACCGAAUACGAUGAGGCCGACAUACUGGAGCAAACUGGUGAAAGCCCGGAUAUCGACAUAGCUGAAGUUUACCCAAGGGCUGAUGAAGACUUGGUAGAUUUCCUGUAUCGCUGCAAGAAUAAGGGUUCACAAGUUUGCCUAUGCCCUAGAUGUGGUGAUGCCACCGACAAAAUAGCAGCGGAAAAUUUCCAGAAGCUACAGUUGGGCAAAAGCAAAAGAAACGGGCCAAACAGAGAGCGCCAGAAUGAAAGAGGCUCGAAAGAGGCAGUGGAAAAUGCUCAGGCGAGGCCUAGGAGCUUCGUACCAUUGGCAAGUGUCCCUAGAGGCACUUGGGUCAAGCCUUAG